AUGGUAGAUGAAUGGUUCCGUGCUUUCCGCUCGCAGAUUUUAGUCCCCGGGGGGCAAAAAGCAGGAGGGGAAGGGAAAACAGAGCAGGGAGAAAAAGCAGAAGAGCAGAAGCAAGCAGCAGCGGGAAGGAGGAGGAAAAAGAGCGGGAGGGAGGGGGCAAAGCAGACGGGAAAGAGGCCGAAGCAGCAGGAAGGAGAAAGCCAGGAGCAGCAGGGGGAGGAGCGGGCAGCAGCAGCAGGGGAGAAAAAAAGGAGGAGCAGAAGGAAAGCAGCACAGCAGGAGGAGAACCAAAGCGAGGAGGGCAAAGCAGCGGGAAAAGGGAAAGCAGCAGGGGAGGAGGCAACGGGAGAAGCCAAAGGAGCCAACAAAGGAGGGGCACAGCAGCAGCAGCAGGGAGGAGCAGCAAGCAGGAAGGGAAGCAAGGGGGAAGAACAGCAGCGGGAACAGAAGGAGCAAAGCAAGGGGGGGCAAAAAGAAGGGGAGCAACAGCAGCAGGAGCAGAGACACAGGCCAGGAGAGGAGCAAGGGGCCAAAACGGGAGGAGAAAACCCAGGAAAGGGAGCAAAAAAAAAAGAGGGGGAAAGGCAAAACCAGCAGAAAGGGGAAGGCAAGCAGGAAGAAGAAGCAACAAGCAGGGGCGGGAGGAAGCAAGCAGCAGGGGAAAACGGGCGAAGACUUGUGACGUUAACAGAGGAAGUGGCGAGAGGAGCAAGUCCAGAGUACAGCGUGUGGUUAGAGAUUCUGGCCUCCGCCCUUCUCCUAAAGGCUCCUCGUCAUUAUUGUGGCGAUUCUGACCAACACCCGCACUCAGACUCCUAUAAAUAUCAUGUACACGUUGUAAACGACCAAAUCCUUCAACAAGACAAUCAGAGUCCCAAGUACACAAAACCACUUAAUCCCACUUAUUAUGGAAUCCACGCUAGAUUCCAACGAAGAUUAUAUGAACAAGAGACAAAACAUCUCCAUCUUGGAUAUGCGAGGAAAAUGUCUAAAUUCUUGGGACAUGUUCUUAGCAGCUAA